UCGUCGAGCCAAACCGAUUUUGCACAACAUGAAGGGUUUAAUCUUCAUCGCUGCUUUGCUCUUCGUCGCCGUUUCGGCCGAGUACACGGAUAAAGAUAAAGAGGAAUGCUUCAACGCAAAUUACGGUACAGAUUAUCCACCCGCCGAUUUCAAUCGAGUUUUCGCUUGUGUUUUCGCCUGCAAUUUUUUCAGCAAUGGAGCGGUCAAUGAUGAUGGCACGCUGAAUCUCCCAAUCGUUAAGGAAAUUUUCGAAGAAGAUCUAUUUCCAAAUAGUAAUUUUAACUACGAGGAAGUUUUCACUAAGAUUUACCGUGGGUGCAGAAGAGAUUACCCCAAUAUUUGCGACUGGGAAAUGUGCAUGGAGGAAAGACUGGAUCCGUACUUUACGGAAGAGACGAGUAAUUGCUUAUUGAAAGUCAAGAAUAGAGUAAAGAAUAUCAAGACCAUCUUGGGACGCAGCAUAUACAACCAAUAUUCGAAAAAAUAA